AUUUUCUCAAAAAUAAAUAAAUAACUAAUAAUAAAUAAAUAAAGACGAUGAAUAAGCAAAUCUCAAACACCUUAAGCAAAAAUUAUUUUGUGUAAUCCGAACACCCAAACAUCCCCACAAAAGAAAGUUCCAAACAUCUAUACUCGCUCUCACCCACUCACUAGCCAGAAUUUUGCAGAGAUGAGCGAAGAGGGGAAGAGAUCUCCGGCCACUGGUACCUUUCCGGCUAAGCCGCCGUAUACGGCGGAUGAUCGGAAAACCCCCGCAUCUUCGUUAUCGACCUCUUCUUCCAGCAGCAGGAAAGUCGUCAUCAAGAGUGCCGAUAUGAAGGAAGAAAUGCAAAACGAAGCCGUGAAUAUCGCCAUUUCCGCGUUUGAGAAUUGCAGUGUGGAGAAGGAUGUCGCGGAACAGAUAAAGAAGGAAUUUGAUAAGAAUCAUGGUCCUACUUGGCACUGUAUCGUCGGCAAAAACUUCGGUUCUUAUGUGACUCAUGAGACGAAUCAUUUUGUUUAUUUCUAUUUGGAAUCGAAAGCAGUGUUGCUGUUCAAAUCUGGUUAGCAUGCUUUAAUGGUGGUGGUGGUGACUGGUGGUGCUUCUUGGACAUGUAUGUACUCGAAAAACCAAUAGAAUUUGAAUAUGCUUGUGGUGUUUGUAUAUUAGUGUGGACUUAUUAUUGUGUUUGAGUGCUUUUAUAAUACCUUUGAUUGUCUCCUUUGUUUUCUGUUCUGCUGUUAUUUUCUCUUACUUUUAAAAACCCAUCAAUAGCAUGUUCUAAAUGACUAAGAUAGCGAAUGGUUGCCCACCAUGAAUUCUCCACUUUUACACUUUUUGUAGUUGGGCAAUUCUGUAUUAAUUAAGAGAAAGGUAUGACAUGACAAUUUGUACUGUGUUUGACAUAUAUUGGGUUUGGACUGCGACUGAUGUCAAUAGGAAAAAUGUACAUGCC